AUGGCUACUAUUACCCGAGGUGGAAUCCCCAUCGAGCCCUUCAGGGGCGAAGAUGGUAAGAAUGUGUAUCAUUUUUAUUAUCCUAAAUAUGCCCCUUUCGACCCUUACUACCGCAUCGCGCUCCACAGACGGGCAUACAAACCUCGCGAAAUUCUAAACUCUACCAUCAAGGUCUUCUAUAACCGACAGGAUGCAGAAUUAAACCCGCGGCAGACGGAAGCGCGGGAGAAUUUCUGCGCCAAGUACGUGGUGCAGAGUCCGUUGUAUGGGAAGCAGCUCAAGCCCGGUGAGUCGUACGAGUACGUAGACAGCGACGUCAAGUUCUGGGCGCAACAGCUUGACGACUUUUUUUUCUUCGGGCUGCUUGGACGCUAUGUCUUGCUCGAGACUGGCUUUGACGUCGUCGGUGAGGACCCGUUGCAUAUCGAUGACGAGAUCUAUGGAGAAACUACCAUGGUCGCGAAUGAAGAGGGCUUUAGUUACGUGCGUAUCGUGCUUAAUACUGGUUAUGGUGACACCAUCUACGAUCUUAAUGAUAUUAUAGGCCAGCUCAUGCACGAGAUGGUGCACGCCUAUUUCUUAGUCUUCUCGUGCGACUGUAUGAAGUGCGAAAGGGCUCUCUUGAACACCACCGGUCUCCCAAGGGAUGGUCACGGGCCUGUCUUUCUGAUGCUCCAUCGUCUCAUCUUGAGUGAGAUUAGGCGAUGGGGUAACGCCGGUGGUAACGACUUGGCUGAGUUGCUCUCGGAGGAGUGUCCGGAGUUGUGUAUUAGCUUGGACGGUAACUGGAGAGCUAGGAUGGCUAUUAAUGGACUUACGCGGCAGGAUAGAAGGCAAUAUAACAGAGUCCGUACGUACGAUUCCAGCGCCAGGCAUCUCGUACGCAUCACGCACACUGGUGCCGUCGCCGUCCAACCGAGUAUUAAGCACAGACAAAUCCAACUUGAGAACCUACUCAAGGAUAAGCGCAUCCGAGCGGAUGAGUUUAGAGUCGACCUGCUAGAUCACUGGCAGGCGUACGAGGAUGAAGAGGAAGAGGAGGAGGAGAACGAGGGCAGCGGAGAGGAAGAGAACAAUGAAGAGGUAACCGGUUAA